AUGAUCUAUCUUUCAACAACGGCAAUUGAAAAAGAUCCGAAGGCAAUUUGUGUUGUUUUCUAUGUCCCUUCUGUCUUUAUUUAUGUAAUUCUGUUUCUAUCUAUCUAUCUAUCUAUCUAUCUAUCUAUCUAUCUAUCUAUCUAUCUUAUUCUGUUUCUGUCUAUCUCAUUCUGUUUCUAUCUAUCUAUCUAUCUAUCUAUCUAUCUAUCUAUCUAUCUAUCUAUCUCUAAUUCUGUUUCUAUCUUUCUAUCUAUCUAUCUAUCUAUCUAUCUAUCUCAUUCUGUUUCUGUCUAUCUCAUUCUGUUUCUAUCUAUCUAUCUAUCUCAUUCUGUUUCUAUCUAUCUAUCUAUCUAUCUAUCUAUCUAUAUAUAUAUAUAUAAUUCUGUUUCUAUCUAUCUAUCUAUCUAUCUAUCUAUCUAUCUAUCUAUCUAUCUCAUUCGUUGUAAGCUGUCUGCAAAUGAAGCCAUCCGUAUGUUAAAACAUUAUUUAAAUUUAUAA